CACACACACACAACAAUGGGAGGGCUAGAGAUGAUGGGGCGAUAAAGGGGUCAUAAAAGCACAAUAUCCUCUGGUCUUACGGGAAAAGAAAGACGUCGUUGUCAGCCUCUCAGACACAGAUUUAUUCCCUGUUUUUGUGGCACUUUCACUCUGAGACCAUGCAGCUGAAUCUUCCCAUCCUGGCUCUUUGCCUUCUUGGCACAGUAUUCCUGGGUGAAGCACAGAACAUAAUUGUAGAAAGUACCGAAAGUAAACCAACCACCACUCCUGUAACUGGCUCAUCCACCACUACCACCCCUGUAACUGGCUCAUCCACCACUACCACCCCUGUAACUGGCUCAUCCACCACUACCACCCCUGUAACUGGCUCAUCCACCGGUACCACCCCUGUAACUGGCUCAUCCACCACUACCACCCCUGUAACUGGCUCAUCCACCACUACCACCCCUGUAACUGGCUCAUCCACCACUACCACCCCUGUAACUAGCCCAUCCACCACCACCACACCUGUAACUGGCCCAUCCACCACCACCGAGCCUGUGGAACAAGGUUCAUCAGGGCUUUCAUCUGGCGCUAUAGCCGGUAUUGCUAUUGGCUCCAUCGCUGGAGUGGCUGCUGUUGGUGGUGGUAUCUUUGGCGCGCUGAAGUACACUGGGAGGAUCUGAGAAUUAUUGCCAAACAAGAAUGGUUAUGGAUUGUAAGAUUAACCAUCCUCAAAUCAAACAGAUUAAAUCAUGACCCUUUUAACUGGACGAUGAAUGAAUGAAUGAAUCUUAUUGUCUGAAAGGCUCAUAUCAGAAAA